AGCCCCUCUGGCUGGAGGUGAAAAAAUAAAAGUCUCCACUAGCAGCGGGCCUGGGGCCGCAGGAAACGGCGAGGCUGCAGCGGAGUACCGAGAGCUGUAGGAACCUGUACGUUUCUGAAUUAGCGUUAGGUGAAUAAGAAAACAUUACAACGUUAGAUGACUGUUACCUUAACUUUAACGUGCUGCUCGUUGGGUUUUUUCCCGAAGAAAAGUAUUGGGAGAGUGGCCCAAGAUCCGUAAACAGUGAACGCCGCCGCUGGGACAACAACGUAGCUGCAGAUCAGGUAGCUGAGAGACAAAGAGAGGGCGACGUGGGGCCCUUAGUUGUCCCGGGAGAAUGAAGAGAUUCCGGCGACAUGGGCAUGACUCUCAGAGGGACAAACUCAAGCAAGAGCUCUACCAGUUCAAUAAGACUGUAGAGCAUGGCUUUCCCCACCAACCAAGUGCUCUGGGCUUCAGCCCUAGCCUGGAGCUUCUUGCCAUUGGUACCAGAUCUGGAGCCAUCAAACUCUAUGGAGCUCCAGGAGUUGAAUUUAUGGGAUUGCAUGAUGAGAAUGCUGCAGUUACACAAGUGCACUUUCUCCCACACCAGGUUGAGUUGGUGACAUUACUGGAUGACAAUAGUCUGCACAUGUGGACACUUCGAGCUCAUAAAGGUGUGUCAGAGCUGCUGGAGAUAGGACGCUUUACACUCACUGGUCCUCCAGGUGCCAUUCCUAGUGUGACGCGGGUGACUGCUGUUCUAGCCCACUCUUCAGGCGAGCUGCUUCUGUUGGGCACUGAAGGUGGUCAUGUGUUCGUAGUGGAGGUACCUGGCUUCAGGGAGCUGGAAGAAAAUAAUAUCAGUGUGGAAGACGUCCAGAGCAGAAUUCCAGAGGAAUAUGUGGGCCGCAGGAACCUGGAGUGUGUGGAGGCACUGCAGGAAAAUCCUCUCAACCCCCGACAAGUGCUGAUAGGCUAUAGCCGAGGCCUGAUGGUUCUUUGGGACCUGGAUCGUCGGUGUGCCAUUCAGCACUUCCUAGGCACACAGCAGCUGGAGAGUGUGUGCUGGAUGGAGGAUGGGGGAAACAUUCUUAGUUCCCAUAGCGAUGGCAGCUAUUGCCAUUGGACGGUGACUGGAAAGGAUCCGCAGACUGAACCAGAGAAACAGGAGACACCAUAUGGUUCCUUCCCAUGCAAGGCCAUUUCCAAAAUUCUACAAAUAUCAACAAGACAAGGUCCCCCAUUCCUCAUCUUCAGUGGUGGUAUGCCAAGGGCCAGCUAUGGAGACAGACACUGCAUCUCGGUCAUACACAGCAAGACCCAUGUAGCGCUGGACUUCACCUCCCGCAUUAUAGACUUCUUUGUCAUCAGAGAUGGAGAACGCCAUAGAGGGGACCCCAAUGCUCUGGUGGUGUUGGUGGAAGAGGAACUGGUGGUAGUAGAUCUGCAGACUGAAGGAUGGCCAGUGAUCCAGACUCCAUACCUGGUGCCGUUACACUGCUCAGCAAUCACCUGCUCUCACCAUGUCUCCUCCAUCCCUUUAAAACUGUGGGAGAGAAUCCAGGCUGCUGGCAAACUGCAGAACUUGCACUACUCAAGAAAGCCUUGGCCGAUAAAUGGAGGACAGAACCUUGCCCCAGAUCCUCCCCAGAGAGACCUGUUGUUGACUGGCCAUGAAGAUGGAACGGUGCGUUUCUGGGAUGCCUCAGGGGUCUGCCUUUACCCCAUGUACAAGCUGAGCACGGCUAUGGUUUUCCACACAGAUGCUGAUCCCAAUGACAACAUGAAUCAGAGCACUGAGGGCGAGUGGCCACCUUUCCGCAAGGUGGGCUGCUUUGACCCAUACAGUGAUGACCCCCGGCUCGGCAUCCAGAAGAUUCAUCUCUGUAAAUAUAGCGGUUACCUAACUGUGGCAGGAACUGCAGGACAAAUCCUAAUACUGGAGAUAAAUGACGAGGCAGCUGAGCAGACUGUUGAAGCCACAGUAGUGGACCUGCUGCAGGGGCAAGAAGGUUUCCGCUGGAAGGGCCAGGCACGGCUAGACCUACGGGAGGAUCCAGUCACAUUUCCAUCAGGCUUCCAGCCCUUUGCCUUGGUGCAGUGCCAGCCCCCUGCAGUGGUCACAGCAAUUGCCCUGCAUUCGGAGUGGAAGUUGGUUGCGUUCGGGACAAGCCAUGGUUUUGGUGUCUAUGACUACCAACAGAAAAACAAUAUUCUGGUCAGGUGCACUCUCAACCCAAAUGACCAGGUGGCCCUAGAGGGGCCUCUGUCAAGAGUGAAGUCCAUUAAGAAGUCUCUGCGCCAGUCAUUCCGCCGAAUUCGCCGCAGCCGUGUCUCCAUGCGCAAACACAAUCCUAACAAUGCAGCAAAGCUGCAGGAGAUAAAUGCACGUUUAGAAGCAGAGACUCUGCAUGACAUGGAGCUGGCUCCAGUUCAGAGGAAAAUUGAAGCUCGCUCUGCUGAUGACUCCUUCACUGGACUUGUCAGGACACUUUAUUUUGCUGACACAUUCCUUAGUGACAGCUCUCAAAGCACACCCUCACUAUGGGCAGGGACCAAUGGUGGCGCCGUCUUUGCCUACAUGCUGCGUCUCCCUCCUGUUGAACGGAGAAUGGACAACAAAGUGACAGCGCAUGCAGCGAAAGAGAUCCAGCUGAUGCAUCGUGCUCCAGUUGUGGGCUUGGUGGUUCUGGAUGGGAGGGGAGCACCAUUGCCUGAGCCCCUGGAAGUGGCACAUGAUCUCGCCCGCAGCCCUGACAUGCAGGGUUCUCACCAGCUGCUCGUCAUUUCAGAGGAGCAGUUAAAGUUGUUCAAUUUGCCUAAAGUGAGCAGCAAGGCAAAGCUUAAACUGACAGCCCUUGAUGGUUCCCGGGUGCGUCGGGUAGGUGUGGCCUGGUUUGGGAGUAGUCGGGUGGAAGACUAUGGAGAGAGCAGCUUGGUAGUUUUGACUAAUCAAGGUGAGCUACAUGUUGUGUCCCUGCCAUCAAUCAAACUGCAAGUGCACUACCCCUGCAUUCGAAGAGAGGAUGUCAGUGGAAUCGCAUCCUGCGUCUUCACCAAGCAUGGACAAGGACUCUAUUUGAUCUCUCCCUCCGAGUUUGAGCGUUUCUCUCUUUCUGCACGCUGGGUGGUGGAGCCGCGAUGUCUAGUAGAGGCUCCUUCCGAAACAAGACCCACAUCCCAUUCAAGCCAAGUUCACAGAGACCAGCCUGAUGGAGCGUCCAUGGAGAACAGGAACUUCAGAAGGAACAGCGACAACUAUGAAAACUCUGCUAGACAAGUAAUGGAGCAUGCUUUGCUGAACGAUGAGAAUGUGCUCCAGGAGAUCCAAAAGUCACUAGAAGGAGAUCAGAUGUUUUUGGAAAACAGCCUGAAGACUAAGCCAAUACCAGGCAAGGUGCUGAGUAAUGGAGAUUGAGCCUUGCAAUCCGUGCCUGAAACAUCCACUCCAGCCUUGCUGAAGACCUGAACACUACUGCAAGUAUCACUACUGAACCAUGUGAAGCCCUGGAGAGAGGAAUGCCUGCUACACCAGAGGGUGAGGGUCAGAGUUACCGCCACCUGUGCCUGCCAAGACCAACCACUGUAUCUCCACCGACCAUAACCACCAACCCCAGCACCAGCCUCCACCUUUGAGCAUGUCCCCUGCCCUCCUGUGGGGCUGCAGCUACACCACUCAAACAGCUCAACACUGAAGAGCAAGAGCAAGGUGGCAGGGGCAAUUUUUUUUAUUGUUUUAUUUCUUAUGUUUGUUAAUUUAAUUUUUACAUGCAUGAUUUUUGUAUAUGUGAUUUGAAAAACUCAAAAUCUGCAUGAAUGAUGUGUCUCACAAGGGAAAAGAUACCCUCACUCAUUGAAAGGAUUUAAGGUAAAAUGGCUAGGUAGUCUUAGGACUUGUACUGAAGUGCUGAAACUACAUAGUGAACCUAAUGAACCACAUGUAUAUCAAACAUUUUACUAAAUACUCUAAAAGAAGUAGUAAUGCCUUUUUCCCUCCGUCCAGGCAAAAAAGAGAACAGUGUGUAGUUAUUUUUUAGGUACUUUUUCACUACUGUGUAACAUAUAUGCUGUAAUUUUUAGGGGGUACAACUUUCUAAGGGGCUUGGUUUUUAAUAUUUUUUAAUGUCAGCUUUUUUAAUGCCAUUUAUGCAUAAUGUAAUUUAGGAAUGUAAUUUUAAAAUGAUGUAGUCAAAUGUUUAAUAUAUGUGUAUAUGAAAAUCUGUACCUGUUAACGGUGGACUGUAUUUUCUGAUCUAAGGAAAUAUUUUGGUACUGUCUCUUGAAAUGCUUUCAGCAUUUUUGGGGUCUAGAAUAUAUUUUUGUAGUUAACUGAUCAUGUACAAGAACACUAUCAUUUGUAAUUUGACACUACCAUUAAGUCUGCUGAGUAAAUUUUUAAACUUUUCACCACAA